AUGGCUUCGAUUCUGGCGUUUCGCUUCCUCGGCGGGUUCUUCGGGGCUGGCCCAUUAACGCUGGCAUCGCCGCUGAGAUCAGACAUGUUUGUCGGCAAGGCGCUCGGCAUCUCCAUGAUUUCAUUUGCGUUCGUUGUUUUUCUGGAUCCGAUACUCUCCCAGCCUACCGCCGGCUUCAUCGUCAUCAAUGAAUCUCCUGGCUGGGUAUGGACAGAGUAUCUCUGCGGCAUCCUUGGCGCAGCGACCCUCCUCCCAAUGGUCUUCGUGGUGAACGAGACAUACGCACCAGUCAUUGUAGUAAAAAAGAGCUCGCCACCUCCGCAGGGACAAUGGAGCGCUCUCACUCAUCGCUCGUCAUGA